UAUACAAUUUUUCGCCACACUAUCGGUAUUUUCUUUCUGCACAUUUUGAUAGGGAAAAUAGGAGAGAAAAAGGUGGAAAAAAAUUUACAAUUCGGGAGGCGCCGGCACCUGUCCACUUCGUCGGCGGCGACCACCCCGGGACACACCGUCGGGAAGUGGGGAGGAGGAGAGAGCUCACCGAGGAGGAAGAAGACCGAAGCUGCUCGCAGGUCGCCGGAACCCUAAAUUACCCCCGGCCGAGGCGGGGGCGCGGAGAGGGCGGGUGUCCUCCAGAUGCGGCCCUCUGGGAUUUGAAUGGGGGGCAGAUCUCCGGGGCGAAGGAGGCUUCUAGAAGCGGGCUGAGCUGAGACCUAGGGUUAGGUCUGGUGGGGUUGGGGCUUCGUACUUGGUAACUGGGAUGGGUCGGAGCUCUGGAGGAGGAGGGGGAGGAGGAGGAGGGGAGGGGUGUGGGGAGGCGGAAACCGGCGGCAUCACGGAUUGCUCGCCGGGGAUAAUCGUGUGGGUGCGGCGACGGAAUGGGUCAUGGUGGCCAGGGAGGAUACUCGGACCGGACGAGCUUCCGGCGUCGCAGGUAAUGUCGCCGAAGACUGGAACUCCGGUCAAGCUACUCGGCCGUGAGGAUGCAAGCGUUGAUUGGUAUAACCUUGAGAAAUCAAAGCGUGUCAAGGCAUUCAGGUGCGGGGAGUUUGAUGCUUGUAUUGAGAAGGCGUUGUGUUCUCGAGGAACUCCUGUGAAGAGAAGAGAAAAAUAUGCCCGCAGAGAAGAUGCUAUUCUUCACGCUCUUGAAUUGGAGAGAAAGCAGCUCGCGCCAAAAUACCAGAAUCAAGAUUUCAGAAGUGGUGACAUCUCUAGUGUUCCCUUUGCUGAAAUGAGGAGAGAUUUCAAUAACUGUUCUUCAGAAUAUUACUCAAAGAACGAUACACAAAAACCUCAGUUUCCUUUAGGAAACUCAGCAAGUCAACAGUGCAAAGAUCUGAGCAGUACUCGUUACAAAAGUAAAAAGAGUAAAAAAAGAAAAGGAGAUAGCUCAAAUCUCCCUGGAAAGACAAAAGGAAUUGAACGGAAUUUUCCACAUACUGGUCCAAAAGGAGAAUUUCCAGAAUCUCUUGUUUUGGAGGCUGCAGAAAAUACUCUCAGUAAUCAGAACAAUGGAUUUUCUCAUUUCGAACAUAUGCAAGCAGGAUCAAAUGUAGAAAGUGGUGGAAAAAAUACAUCUGUCAAAAAGAAAAUAUCAGAGGAAAGUGUUUUUGAAGAAUCUCUUGUCAAAAAGCAUGACAGAUGUCGGCCACUUGCCCAAGUUGUACAGAGUAGUGUGAAAUUGCCUCAUCCGUUUGAGCGUGAUGAUGAUUCUGGCACUGUCUUAAUGGAAGAAGGGAAUGACCCUCGGACUGCUAUAUAUAAGGUGAAACAGAACUGGUCGACAUAUAUGUCUAAUGAUUCGGGAGAAACUAAUUACCAUGGAGAUAUACCUCCGAUACAAAUGACUUCAAGAGGAGCACAUUUUGAGACUGAAGGUUACCUAAAACUGCCUGAUUCAUUUUCUGCAGAGCAAACAAUUUCGGAUUUUGUUGAGAAACAAGGAUCUGAUUCUUGUGAAAGGGAAUGUUCAGAAACUGAGACAGAAGAUGAUGCUGAACUUUUGCAAACGUAUGCGAAGAGGCAGUCCCCAGAGUCAAAUGCAUGCGAUCCUUAUUCCAUUCAUGCUUCUAAAAAGUCAAAGCAUGUGGAUGGUGAUGCCGGUGAUAAUAUACUGACCUUUUCUACUGGUAUUCCUCAACAACAUGUCUUAAAGGAUGAUGGCUCAUCCGAGCUAGGUGUAUCCCAGUGGAAUAUGAAAGGUAAACGCAACCAACGUAAUGCAUUGAAGAGGCCUAUGGGUAAGACAGAUGAAAAUUUAUUGUUGGACAGAUCUAAUAGUUCACUGAAAGGGUCACUGUAUAGGGUCAAUGGAAGUAAUCCGAAUAUGGAGAGUACUGGCGCAUCCAGCCAUCAGUAUUUUAGUCAAAGUUUUUAUCAGACCCAAGAAGAGUUGGAUUAUGAUUACGAUGACACAGAUUUAACUAAUAAAGUUAGGGGCCAUGCAGAAGUUGGAUAUUAUGGUGAAGACUACCCCUCAUCCUUGACACCUACAAGGGAUCUUGAACAGAAUUACACUUCUUUCAACAACUCUGAAACUUAUUGCAUGACUUCUCCGCGUAAUAAUAAUGGAGAUCAGGUAUCUUGUUUUGGCAGGAAAACUUUCUUGGAAGGAGCUUCAUUAUAUCGACAAAAUUAUGCCUCCCAACUUGGUUAUGUGGGACCAAUUUUAUUUAAUGUUGACCUGAAUGUACAGGCUGGCUACCAGGGGGAGCGUGUUCCAUUGGUUUCUUUGAUGAGCAGACUGAAUGGCAAAGCUAUUGUUGGGCAUCCUAUCCAGAUUGAAAUACUAGAAGAUGGUUCAACUGACCACCUUGUUUUGGCCAAUGAUGAUUUUCUGGAACAUAGCACAUCAGCAUCACCUGCUUGGCGUACAGGCAGAAGGACUGCAAUGCCAAGGGUUCCACGUUCUAAUUCGACACGAGUGACCUUGAAUGGUGGUGAUGAUGAGGGCCUGUGGGAUAUGAAACGGCCGUUUAGUAGGUCUUCCACCCCUUUCAGUCAGCAGAAUAGGUCUUUAAAACAAAGGAACACCAGUUUUCGGAGCCCAUUGUCACAUAGAUCUCAAAAGAAGCCGUCCAAUUCCAAAAAAGGAAGCUCAUCAAGCCAGAAAGUCAGAGCCCUUUCUUCCAUUUCAAUUGGAAAAAGGCGUCAGAGAGAAGGUGGCCAAGCAAAGCUGCACAACAUUUUGGGUGAUUUGAUUAAACCAGAGGGAUCAAUUCCACUUGUCACGUGUGUUCCUGCAAAGGUCGUCUUCAGUAGGAUAAUGGAAGCAGUUGGGAGGCCAUCUCUUUCUGUCGCUCACCGUGUCAGAAUGGCUAGUCCUGCCAUACGGGAUCCGCUUUAGUGUUAGCCUGCUAUGGUUGGUAUAGUUUGAUCUGGCUCAGACUUUAACUUUUAUAUGUACAUUCUCUGGCAGUGCAGUGGCAUACUAUUGAUACAUCAAACAUGCUGAUCUCUGACUGCAGUGGCUGAUGUAAAGAUUGAGGACUAUUAAUUGUAUUUCAUUCCAGAUGCCAAAUCUUGGUUAGGCAUCUGAUGGAUACUUCCUCCGGAGAAUAGUCAAUCGCCUCCCUGAAGCUUAUUCACAGAGCAACAAGAAUGGUGAUCACUACUUGGAUUGGCUGUCUCCUGUACUGUAAAGUACUAACUCAAGCAUUUUAUCCAAUGUCUGUUUAGUUGGAUUUUUACAUACAUAGCCAACAAUCAAUAGUGUCAUGUAUAUUGCUUCACCCAUAGUUAGAUGUACUAGUUAUUUACUGUUUAGGAAACAUGCUUCACCUGUACGUUCAGAAUCUGAGAAGCACAUACGUAGGUAGUUGAUGUAAUAUAUCAGAACAGGUACACCAAGUGAUGUAAACAAUUUGCCUUCGCUGAUAACCGUCUUAUCAAGUAUAUGUCAAUAACCAGAUUUGGUGGUUCUGAAAACUUUUACAA